GCCUAAAAUACUAUAGCGUUGACGCGUCUAUAUUAGCCAUAGAAUUGGAAUUGGAGGAUCUAAUCUCUUCCAGCAGGGUGAAUUUCCUAUCUGAUAUUAUCCACUUGCUGAUGAUAAUACUUUUCAACAAAAAGUUUGGUCACAAAAUACUAUUUUCUUAUUCUCCCUCCACCUAUUGUACCUCUCCUUAAAGAAAAAUAUUCGACAACUUGCUACAACUCAACGCCUUCUUCUCCAUCUUAUAAGGACCUAACGUAGCAUUAUGUUGCCCAUACCAUUCACUUGAGCUAGCACUCGGCUUUAGGCGAAGUAGCUCUGCACACACGUGUACAACAUGGCCUCGUGGACUGCAAGGCAAAACAAGAAGUUCGAAGAGGCUUUGGCGUUAUAUGACAGAGACACACCUGAUCGUUGGCAUAACAUUGCAAGGUGUGUAGGUGGAAAAUCAGCUGCAGAAGUGAAGAGGCAUUAUGAAGUACUUGUGAAGGAUAUCAUGCAAAUAGAAAAUGGUCAAGUACCUUUACCAAAUUACAAAGCCGCGGCUGAAACCAAUAACAGAUCAGGUUAUGCCAAUGAACAUAGGCUUCUGAAGAACCUGAAGUUACAGUGAGAACAAAUUUCGCGGCCAUGCUGAAUAACAUCACAAGUUGUCUGUUAUAUUUGCAAAUGCAAAAGGCAUAAAUUGUGAAUUUAUGUCUUAAGUUUUUGAAGCAAGCAAAAUGUAUUAUGACUAUUGUUGUUCAUCUCUAUCCAUUUAACUUUUGUUUUACUGUUGUAAUGUUUCUCAAACGCAUAAUAUAAAGUCUACUUCACUUUCA